UGAUAGGGAGUCGAUACCCGCUGCAGAAUACCGACACACCGCGCGGACACUUGCGGAGCAGCCGGGCCGGAGGAGUCCACACGUUGAUGGUUGGCUUCUUCUUUUUAUACGGCCGUUAAAGAAGCGCGUGGAGUCCCCAAAAGAGCCAAACUCCACCAAUAAAGGAACUUUUUUUCAAACUCUGGAGAGAGUUGGACACGGGGAGGGGGGGAAGAGAAAAAGAGGACACGCAGACGAAACGUUAACCGAAGGACAGUCGGGUUUUUCACUGAGUUGAGAUCUGAGUGUGAUCAGCCAGCGGAGAGGCGGUCAGCGGGUCAGCGGCCGGUGGAAACCCCUCAGGGUCCUCGCAUCGCUUGUCGGCGCGCGCGCGAGUUUGUGUGUGAGAGAGUGUGUGUGUGUGUGUUUUGGUGAAUUCCCCCACAAGUUUCUCACCUAACGUCAGCUAGGUCACUUUAUUGUAGAAGCUAAAGCCAUGGUCGGGGAGACAGAGGUAAGGGAGAGACCCAAGUCCAACCCGGACUACCUGAUGCAGCUGAUGAACGACCGGAAGGUGAUGAGCUCCCUGCCCAACUUCAGCGGCAUCUUUACGCAUCUGGAGCGGCUGCUGGAUGAAGAAAUCGGCAGGGUACGCAAGGACAUGUACAACGACACGGUGAACGGUGGCAUGUUCAACGGGCGGGACUUGGAGGAGCUCCCCGAAGCCGUCGGCCCGGUGGCUCAGCUGCAGGAGAAGCUCUACGUGCCUGUCAAAGAGUACCCCGACUUUAACUUCGUGGGCAGGAUCCUGGGCCCGCGUGGACUGACGGCCAAACAACUCGAGGCAGAGACCGGAUGCAAGAUUAUGGUGCGAGGAAAGGGCUCCAUGAGAGACAAGAAGAAGGAGGAGAUGAACCGAGGGAAGCCCAACUGGGAGCACCUCAGCGAGGACCUCCACGUCCUGAUCACGGUGGAGGACACACACAACCGGGCCAAGAUCAAACUCCAGCGGGCCAUCAACGAGGUCAAGAAACUUCUCGUGCCAGCUGCUGAGGGGGAGGACAACCUGAAGAAAAUGCAGUUGAUGGAGCUGGCCAUUCUCAAUGGGACCUACAGAGACGCCAAUGUCAAGACGCCCAUCGCCAGCUUCUCACUCGGGACACCCCAUUGUCCUCGGAUCAUCACAGGCCCGGCGUCCUGCCUGCCUCCUUCCAUGCGCAACCCCACCCCCAUCAACGCGCCGACCAUCAUGCCUCUGAUUCGUCAGAUCCAGAGCUCCGCCCUCAUGCAGGGAGGCAAUCCGCACACAGCGCUAAUGCAGCAAGGGCCCGAAUCUGGAAUCAUCUACACGCCCUACGAGUAUCCCUACACACUCACGCCCUCCAUAUUGGAAUACCCGAUCGACUCAAAUGGAGUUUUAGUCCCUUCUUCCUGUGUUUUUGCAGCAGGUGCCAUGACCACUAAGGUACGACGCCACGACAAGAGAAUCCAUCCUUACCAAAGGGUAGUGACCCCAGACAGAGCUGCCACGGCAACUAACCCAUGACCCCUUGACCUUCUGACCUUUCCGCCCACUGAUGACCCACCCAUCUCUGCCCGCUGGCGUGCUCAUUGGCCCGCGGCCCCCGUCACUCCCCCAGCUCAGCCAACCAGACCAGCACAUUGGGAACAUCCCGGCUGCUUCUGUCUAACCAGCCAACCAGACGACAGCGAUCAUGGGAAUAAACCUCAGGACCCCGCCCACCACCGAGUCCUAACCUAAACUUUACCAAACGUGCCUUCCAGCCAAAAGCCCAAACCACGUCUGAGCAUAUUUUACAACCAGUCGAAAUCCCAAUCUGUAACAGUUGUUGCAGCAUAACCAGCAGACUCACCUGGGGCCGGACACGAAGCUGGUGAAGAGCUCCUUAACCAAUCCCUGGCUGUGCCCAACUGUCAAUCUGAGCAGCCCUCCCCUCAGCCCAUGUGAUGCAAUAAUAAUGUAUAUUAAUAACAUGGUAACUAUACUGAUAAUAAUGGUACUUAUCCAGUGCAGAAACCCUCCAUCAACACUAAAACUAAAUGAGAUAUGUUGAUAUUUUAAAAGAUCUUUCCUCUUCGGGCACCUCUUACUUCACUUUUCUGGCCAUUCUUUCAAGGGAAGGUUUUUUUUUCAGGGUCAACCAUUUAAAUAAAUGUAUAAAUCAAAUUUGGUGUUGAGAUAAUGAUAUAUUAACACCGUGACUCGUGACACCAACAUGUGGUUCCAGUAAUGUGUUUAAAAUGUCACGAUGUUUUUUAAAGGAUGUGUUAUUCCUUUAGUCCUUUUCGGAGAUUUUCCAAUUCUCCUUGACACGUUGGCACAAGGAAAACAAAGCAAAACAUAAAAGUAAAAGCAACAGGUGCUCGGUGAGGGAAAAGAGCAAACUGGAAUGCAAAAUGCCAAAGUAUCUCUUGAGUUUUUCUCAAUAGGCAAAGUAUCCCAAUACCGAGUCAACAUAUGCGGUGUCAAUGCCAAGUCUGUACGGUGCCGAUCCGCACACACAGAAGGACGGGUCCACUUCUUUUGUCUAAACCGAGAGGACUUGCACAACGAUGCCUUUGCCUUUUUCACACUACAGUAUUGUACGAGCUUGAACAACAGUGCCUUCAUUUAUUUCAGAGCAAUGGAAUAAUGUUACUCCUAAAUCUUUUGCUACCACAUUGUGGGGUUUGUGCCCAGCAUGAAAUUAUGUCCUUUGGGUUUAUGCAGAUUAAUUGUAAUCGUAUGCAUUUGAUGUUUUUACACCCCUAACUCUUCUCAAUUCACAUUUUAGUGCCAAAAAAAACCAGUGAAAAAAGUGGGUCAUUUGAAGUGGAAGUGCAAUGCAGUGUUGAAGCUACCUUGUCUGAAAUGUGAGGGUCUGAUACCUCGAGAGAAAAGUGUUAUAUUGUAUCUAUUUCUUUUGUUGUUUGUUUGUUUGUUUGAUUAUUUUGUUGGAGAUGAAGUCGUCCAUAUCCUUAUUUCUGCAUGAGUAUCCUCUUUUUUAGAAGGUGUGGUUCAGUUAUACACACACACACAUACACACAAACCAACUGAUGCCUUGACGUUAAAAAACAAUUUAAAAAAAACAUGGAGCCGUAACAUCUGUAACAAGUUUAUAAUGUAUUUUUAUAUUCUAUUUUGUACCUGAAAAUAAUAUUAAAAGACCUUUUCAGAUAAGAACAUCAUGCAUUAUUACGGCGAGUAAUUGAAUGAAUAUAACUAUCCUUCAUGUGUCAUAUAUACUGGAGUCUGAUGUCCUCUGUAUUAACUUUGAGAUCAACAUUGCUUGCCCUCUGUGCCUUUUGUAUACUAUGAGUGUGACAAUUAACAGUGUAGUACAACAUUAAUAUACUCUUCAGUGCCAAUGUUACUAACUGUUACCACUUCUGUGAUUAUUAACGACUUUAAUGGUAUCUGUCUCUGCUUUGGAUUCCUUUAAAAAAAAAAUGACGUGUGUCUAAACAAAUUUGAAAAGAAAGAUAUUUGUUGAACUAUGAACGUUUAACUGAGCAGGAAUAACUCUCUGUACACUAUUAAACUCAUAGUAUAACUAACAAA